AGCAUCACAACUGGGAGUGGAGCUAGGUCUCUUAUUUUUCCCUCUUUUUAUUUUACUCUGAAAUCCUUUCAGCGGUCAUAUAUCCCUUAAUUCAUUUUCCUGAAGAUGUUGAGAACGCGUCGCCCCAUUGUGAUUUUUGUCAGUUUUAUAAAACUGUGUUUUCUUCGUCGGGUUGAAUUUGUUUUCACGGUGGUCGUUUUUUGUCCGUUCGUGUUUGGGUGACUCUGAAUCUGCGUCCUCCCUGGAUAGUCACUCCUCGCUGCUGCCGCCGCAUCAUAGGACCCGGAGUCUGACUCACCGUCACCUGCUCCCGAUGGAAGUCGUAAAACGUUUUGGAUAGUGCCCGAUCACGUGAACCAUUCGUGUCACCUUUAGGCAUGAAAGACUCCAGGUUGAUGUCGGUUCUCACUACAAAACAAGAAGUUGUAGCUGUAAGUGCGACUAAAGGAGCAAAAGUCAGUAUAGAAUUUGAUUUUGCUUCUUCCAGAGAAGAACGAGGCUUCUGCUUUAAUUUCAAUUGUGGUCUAAAAAUAAGGAGCUUGUGUGUUUUAAUGACUCCUGUUUGACAUAAGUAACAGGUCACUUAAGAAUUUGUUUUCAGAAUCAGAUGCGUUCCAAGAAUCUAAUCUCAUCCAUAUGUUUGAGAAGAAAAACGACUUCAAAUAAAUGUUUCAUCCUAUAAUUGCGAUUUCUUUAACCUUCCGACAGACUUUUACGCAGCGCGCGCGUCAGGUUUUUGGUUUUACGCGUGUCUGCCAUUCUCCGUGAUGAACGCCGGGGAGAGCGCCUCUAAGGGGCAUGAGGACUCCAACUCCCAGGGGGACUUUAGAGAACGCAGGGAGGCCUGGUCCUGUGAAUAAUCGCGCUGCAGCAUGCCCUCCUGGCCCAAUGACUCGGAGUGCCUCCCGCGUAACUGCAGCUGGGAGGAGACCUACAACACCACGAGCAGCGCCGACCAGCCCGCGCCUCCGCUCAACUACUACACAAUCCCUCUCCUCACGUUCAUCACCGUCACCUGCUCGCUGCUGUUUCUGGUUGGAGUGGCCGGGAAUGUCAUGACCAUCCUGGUGGUGAGCAAGUACAGGGAUAUGCGCACCACCACCAACCUCUACCUGUGCAGCAUGGCUGUGUCUGACCUGCUUAUUUUCCUUUGCAUGCCGCUGGACCUCUACCGCAUGUGGAAGUACCGGCCCUGGCGCUUCGGAGACGCGCUCUGCAAACUCUUCCAGUUCGUGUCCGAGUCUUGCACGUACUCAACCAUCCUGAACAUCACCGCGCUGUCGGUGGAGCGCUACCUGGCCAUCUGUUUCCCGCUGCGCGCCAAAGCUCUGGUCACCAAAAGGCGAGUGCGCGCACUGAUCUGUGUCCUGUGGACGGUGUCCCUGUUUAGCGCAGGGCCUGUGUUUGUCAUGGUAGGAGUGGUGAGGGACAAUGUGGAACCACUAAACCUCACGUCCCGGAUUAAUACGACUGGCUUGCUUCUGGAUGUUGGAGACACCCGAGAGUGCAGGAUGACGCACUACGCCGUUGAAUCAGGCCUGAUGGGGGCCAUGGUGUGGCUGAGCUCUGUGUUUUUCUUCAUGCCAGUGUUCUGUCUGACGGUACUGUACAGUCUCAUUGGCCGUCGUCUGUGGCAGAGGCACAGGGAGACGAACAUGAGCUCCCGUGUGGCUCACAGAGACAAAAGCAAUAGGCAGACCAUCAAGAUGCUGGUGGUGGUCGUGUUGGCCUUCGUUCUGUGCUGGUUGCCCUUCCACGUGGGCCGCUACCUGCAUUUCCGCGCCCUGGACGAUCCUUCUCCGCUGCUGUCCGUGCUAUCCCACUACUGCAGCCUACUGUCUGUCGUGUUCUUCUAUCUGAGCGCGGCGAUAAAUCCGAUCCUCUACAACACCAUGUCGUGGAAGUACCGGGGUGCGGCAGCGCGCCUGUUCGGCCUGACCGACGGACAGCCGUCCCGGUGCCGCACAGCCAGCACCUUGAAGGGCGACGGCUCAAACGGCUGGACAGAAUCCACUGUGAGCUUUUGAACUCAACCGAGUUAAGGAGCCAACCUGGAAGCCAUCAUUUCUGUCAGAGAGGGGACGAUCUCCUAAGACUUGCCUUUAUUGAAUAAGAGCAUGAACCACAAAAAGGCGAAGAUGCUUAAACUGAAUUAUCGCGAAAGCUACACUCUAUUUAAACGUUCCGCGACAUGUCAGAUUCUUUCAGCAAGUGCCAUAACAUUUGAAAGUGGAGUGUAAAAGACCUUCACACCCUCUGGAAAUGCUUCUUGGCCUGAAUAUGAACUAAAAAGAGGAGCAUUUUGUACAUAUAAACGUAAAUAUCACACACAUCUACAAAUGCCUUAUACCGUAUUCUGGAUGACAAAAGGAAGCACUGUAGAAUUUUAAAACUCGCCGCAUUUCUCUGUACUCCUUCAGAGUGGGGCAGAGGUGCAGAUUGUGUGCAAGCGUUUGUGUAACUGUGUAGCAGACUCUUAGUGAGGCAGACUCAGUGUUAUCCAUAUUUCCAAAGACCUGCAUGUUGAAUUUCCACUCCAUGCUUGCGCUGAUGCUGCAAACAGGGGUCGCUGGCAUUAAAGGGUAUUCUGGUGUUUUAGUGCCUGAACAGCAGUGCUUUAAUUGUACUUUACAUUUUUGGAUUGAAAGCUUUGUUUUUUAUAGGGAUGGGCUGAUUAGGACUCGGGGGUCCCUUUUCCAAUUUGUUUCCUCGUUUUCUACCCACUCAUUGUCAUUUCACUCCUUCCUCUAUUUUGUAGCCAUGCACUAAUCGUUUCCCACACAGUGGGUUUUCAUCAAUCUAUGGACUGAUUUCCACAAAGUGCAAUGGCUGAUUUCAAAUUCUUUUGAGGCCUCCUGAGUCCUUCCAUACUCAAAAGCUGACACAAUCUAGUUUUUAAAAGGCUCAGUCUUUUAAUCUCACCAGCACUUUGUCUGGUGUCUGUAAUAUUCUCUGGAUUUAUGGUAACACGUUGCUGCCCUUCCUCCUGCUGCUCAGCUGGCUGAAAUGGAGUAAAACAGUUUUCUGUUGCUCAAAUUUGACCGUUUGAAAAUAUUUCCAGUUGAGCCAACACCUGGACUAAGUAACCAGCUAGUAUAAGCAAAUAAAAACAAACAAGCUAUUAAAGGUAUCAUAACACCUUUAAUAGUCCACAUGCAAUAGCAGGAUUGCAGUGGAAUAAUUGUUUCUAUUUCAUCCCUAUGACAGACUGGCGACCUGUCCAGGGUGAACCCCGCCUCUCACCCGGAACGUAGCUGGAUAUAGACACAAGCAACCCUCCCGACCCCAUUAGGGACAAGGGUGAACAGAAAAUGGAUGGAUGGAUGGAUGGAUGGAAGGUAAUCAACAAAAACAGGAAGAUCAUGUCAUAACUUUCUCUUUUUAUUCUACGUGUACAAACCGGCCCCUUGCCUAGAUUAGAAGCAAAUAUCAGACUCUGUCCAUUUCCAGGCAUCUUUCCACCUUAGAUUGGUCAUCUGAGGGAAAAAAAAAAAGAAUCUGAUGAAGCACAUGUUUCUUGUUUUCACUAGAUUAUUAUGAAAAUAAUCAUUCUGAACAUACUGUUCUAGCGAUAUUAGUCAUAUGUUUCACUGCACUGCAAAACACAAAUAGCUUGAUUUUGUUCUAUAAAUCAACGUUCUCAUAUCUAUUAGCUAAGCUCACUCUGAUUUGUUAUUUUGACUCUCUUAUAGCUCUUAUUUCCUACAUGCCCUCUGAAUGUGCUGCCAGUUGAAUGCAGAUGUGUUACCUAAAUUUUUCUUGCAGUUGAUUUUGGUUAGUGAGCGUUGCACUAAUUUUAAAAAACACAUGGUAUUAUAUUUUUUUACUGCCUUUUCUUUCUUGUGUUUACUUUUAAGGUUUGUUUCGGCUUUUUUUUCACGACACAUUAAGAUUUUGCCUUCUCACCACUUCUUCAGGGUUAGUUUUUGAGUAAAAUUUACUAUUUUAAAAUGUGAGCAUAAACCAUGGUUUGCCUGUUUUCCCUCCAAAUUAUGUUUAUUGCAUCACAAAUCAUCUUGUGUUUCGUAUUUUACGUCAGAGUGUGUCAGUUGUACAUUUGUUAAUAAAUGGCAUUUUAAAGCAUUUGAACUGAAAAAAAAAAAACAAAA